CUUUCUCCUCCUCUUUCUCUUUCUCUUUCUCCUCCCUUUGGCCUCAGAAGCGACCCAGGAAGCCACACGCCUCUGGCCGGGCUCUCAGGCCGGAUUUCCUGGCUCUUUGAGAAGCCCGAAAGCAGCUGUUUCCCUGUGUGGCAAGCUGGCAUCUCAGGGUGGCAAACAGAGACGCUUUCAAGAUAAAUGAGCAGAAGAAGGAAGAGAAAGAUGGGGCUGGUCAAAAGCAAGAGCGCGUCGCCAAAGGCCACCGAGGACGUCCAAAUAAUGGAGGACCUGAAAUACCUUCCGGAUGAGCUGCUGCUGCUGAUCCUGAGCUGGGUGCCCGGCCGGAGCCUGGUGAGGGAGUGCCGCUUGGUGUGCCGCAAGUGGAGGGACCUCAUUGACAAGCCCACCCUUUGGAGGCUCAAGUGCCAACGGGACCCUCUUAGCAAGGCGGCCGUGGAAGCCGUCCAGGGCGCUUCCCAAAUAGACUGGCGCCGGAUCAGCAUCCUGAGACCUUUUGGGAGGAAUCUGAUCAAGAACCCCUGCGGAAAGAAGCAGUUUCAGCACUGGAAGAUUGAAAACGGAGGCGACGGCUGGAAAGUGGAGGGCAACCGGGACCGUGUGGAAGGAGCCGAGGCCCAGACCUGCUUCGUGUCUUCAUAUGGAUGGUGCGUCAAAUAUCAGGUGGUUGACUUGCUGCAAGAAGGCUUAGGAGAAGAGCUGAUGGACGCCUUCCAACCUGACAUCUGUAUUGCUGACUGGUGUCCCACGUUUUCCGGAAAUACGGCCCCGGAGUCCGCUAUAUCCAUUUCCGGCAUGCAGGGAAGGAUACCCAGUUCUGGGCAGGACAUUAUGGAGCGAGAAUCACAAACUCAACGGUCAAAGUUAAAUUCUCCUCGAAGCCCCUGGGUGCAUCCACGCCGUCACAUUAAUGCAGUUUGGCACCACUGUAACUUCCAUGGCAUUGUGCUUUGGAGUCCCGGAUGUUGUGGUUUCCCAAGGUCUUGAGCCUCCUCUGCUAAAGAGUGUGGUUAUUUUAGCAAACUACAUCUCCCAGGGCUCCAUAGCAUUGAGCCAUAGUGGUUCAAGUGGUGCCAGUGUGGAUUCCUACAGUGUGGACGCACCCUUAUAAAGUGGAGUUAAAAUGUAACUAGAAUAUGUUGUUUGUUAUACGACUACGUGGUACGUAUUGCAAUUUUGUAAUGCUGCAAAGCCCUUUGCAUCAGCCAGAAUUUUAUGUGUUUCGUGAAGUAGUUUAUGUUGUACUCCAGGCUUGGAAACACCUAUAACCACCGCACCACACAAGAGUGCACGUGUUGUGACUCAGCUUGACUCUGAAGCUGAGCUCUGUGGUCCUUCUGAGCCAUAAUUCCUACAGGAUGAUGAUGAGGAUGAUGGGCUACAGAUUUCUCUACAUGCUUCAUAUAGGGCUGACGGUGGGGCUGCUGAAGGAGAAACAGCAAGUCAGUUCCCAGGGGAAAGGAAUGUUAGUGAGACUGAUAACGAGAGUGAAAUCCCACACAGCCAGGUGGAGAUGUCUUUUCCACCCCACGGUGAUCCUGUCCAGCUGGACCAAGAUAAGGGGUUACAUAGCCUUGAAGAUAAUGAAUUAAUGAGCAGGCAAGAUAGUUUGCAAUUAAGGCUCCGGAGAAGCACUUGCUUGGUUAGCAAGCGAGAAGCCAAGGGGGCCAAAGGUCAACGCAAUGCGUUCAUGUAGCCGACAAGCAGGGAAUGUCAGUUCAACUUAGCUCUUUCCAUGCAAACUUCUGUGGAUUAACUUUGGCUUUUUAGCAGCAUGCUUCUAGCUUCCUGACUCUGGGAUUUGGGUCUUGUUCUCAACUGUUUUCCAUGGACUCUUGUUUGACCAUUGCUAAAGGAUUAUACUUCAUGUUUUUGCCUUUGGAUCUUGGGAACUUUGUCUUUGCAUUUAAGCCUUUGUCCUGCCUAUGGAACUUUUGCAUUUCUUAUACUUUGUUUUGAUUUUGCCUUUUUCUCAAUAAACUACAAAACCUA